AUGUCGCAAGCCUUACAAUACUUAAAGCCGUGGCCCAACUAUCAGCUUCAACUUCGAUCCCCAUUCCGUUUUCCCCAUUCCGCAAUCCCCAUCCCGCAUUCCCCAUCCCGCAUUCCCCAUCCCGCAUUCCCCAUCCCGCAUUCCCCACUCCCCAUUCCCCAUUCCGCAUUCCCCAUCCCGCAUUCCCCAUCCCGCAUUCCCCAUUCCACAUUCCCCAUUCCGCAUUCCCCAUCCCGCAUUCCCCAUCCCACAUUCCCCAUCCCGCAUUCCCCAUUCCGCAUUCCCCAUCCCGCAUUCCCCAUUCCGCAUUCCCCCUUCCGCAUCCCCCUUCCUCGUUCCCCCUUCCGCGUUCCCCCUUCCGCGUUCCCCAUUCCACAUUCAACCUUCCGCUAUCCCCCUUUCGCGUUCCCCCUUCCGCCAACCCCCUUCCGCAUUCCGCCUUCUGCCUUCCCCCUUCCGCAUUCCCCCUUCCGCAUUCACCCUUCCGCAUUCACCCUUCCGCAUUCCCCCUUCCGCAUUCCCCCUUCCGCGUUCCCCUUCCGCGUUCCGGCUUCCGUGUUCCCCCUUCCGCAUUCCCCCUUCCGCCUUCCAGCUUCCGCGUUUCCCCUUCCUCAUUCCCCCUUCUGCCCUCCCCCAUCCGCAUUCCCCCUUCCGCCCUCCCCCUUCCGCAUUCCCCCUUCCGCGUUCCCCCUUCCCCAUCCCCCCUUGCGCAUCCUCCCUUCCACAUUCCCCCUUCCGCAUUACCCCUUCCGCAUUCCCCCGUUUUCCCCCCCAUGCCUUAUGUUUCCCCCCAUUCUAUCCCCAUGUUUCCCCCAUACUGCUGGCCCCAGCCUGGGUUAUGAGUGCAUCGCUGCACAUAGCAGCAUGUGGAGUGCUCACCAGCAAAGGAACCACUCAGUUCGCAUACUCUUACUCACCUUCGCUUGUCACAUCCUCUUUUCCCACCCUACCCUUCCCUUCCAAGGUGCCAAGGUGAGUGCAUCGCUGCGAACAGCAACGUGUGGAGUACUCACCAGCAAGGGAACCUGGUUCCUGACCACACUCUUACUCAGCCACUCACAUCCUCUUUUCCCUCCCUCCCCUUCCCUUCCAAUGUUGGGUGGUGAGUGCAUCGCUGCACACAGCAACGUGAGGAGUGCUCAACAGCAAAGGGACCUCCUUGCCAGAACACUCUUACUCACCUUCGCCACUCACAUCCUCUUUUCCCUCCCUCCCCUUCCCUUCCAAGGUGCCAAGGUGAGUGCAUCGCUGCGAACAGCAACGUGUGGAGUACUCACCAGCAAGGGAACCUGGUUCCUGACCACACUCUUACUCAGCCACUCACAUCCUCUUUUCCCUCCCUCCCCUUCCCUUCCAAUGUUGGGUGGUGAGUGCAUCGCUGCACACAGCAACGUGAGGAGUGCUCAACAGCAAAGGGACCUCCUUGCCAGAACACUCUUACUCACCUUCGCCACUCACAUCCUCUUUUCCCUCCCUCCCCUUCCCCUCCAAGGCGCCGUGGUGAGGGCAUCGCUGCGAACAGCAGUGUGUGAAGUGCACGCCAGCAAAGGAGCCUCCGUCUAG